CUGUGUUGGUGUGGAAGAGCACCAUGCUGUUGACAUUGACCUGUACCACUGCCCCAACUGUGCGGCUCUUCGUGGCCCUUCCUUGAUGAAGAGGAGGAGGAACUGGCACAGGCAUGACUACACAGAGGUGGAUGAUGGCUCCAAACCUGUGCAAGCUGGAACCAGGGCCUUCAUCAAAGCACUGCGUUCUCGAGUCUUCCCAAGUGCCGAUGAAAUUGUUGUUAAGAUGCAUGGCAGUCAGCUGACACAAAGAUACCUGGAGAAACAUGGAUUUGAUGUUCCUAUUAUGGUCCCUAAAUUAGAUGACCUUGGACUCAGGCUCCCUUCACCUGCCUUUUCAGUGAUGGAUGUGGAACGUUAUGUAGGUGGUGACAAAGUGAUAGAUGUCAUUGAUGUGGCAAGGCAGGCAGACAGUAAGAUGACACUUCACAAUUACGUUACAUACUUCAUGAAUCCUAGCAGACCAAAAGUGUUAAAUGUGAUCAGCCUCGAAUUUUCAGAUACAAAGAUGUCAGAAUUGGUGGAGGUCCCUGAUAUAGCCAGAAAACUUUCGUGGGUGGAAAAUUACUGGCCAGAUGACUCAGUCUUCCCUAAGCCCUUUGUCCAGAAGUACUGCUUAAUGGGAGUUCAAGACAGCUACACAGAUUUCCACAUCGACUUUGGUGGGACUUCUGUCUGGUACCAUGUCCUUUGGGGUGAGAAGAUUUUUUAUUUGAUAAAGCCAACAAAUGAAAAUUUGGCACUCUAUGAAUCUUGGAGUUCAUCUGUGACCCAGAGUGAGGUGUUCUUUGGAGAUAAAGUAGAUAAAUGCUACAAAUGUGUGGUAAAGCAGGGACAUACCUUAUUUGUUCCUACAGGGUGGAUCCAUGCUGUGCUCACUUCUCAGGACUGCAUGGCUUUCGGGGGAAACUUUCUGCACAACCUCAACAUUGGCAUGCAGCUCAGGUGUUAUGAGAUGGAGAAAAGACUAAAAACACCAGAUCUUUUCAAAUUCCCUUUCUUUGAAGCCAUAUGCUGGUUUGUAGCGAAAAGUUUGCUGGAAACCCUGAAAGAACUGAAGGAAGAUGGAUUUCAGCCUCAGACUUACUUAGUACAGGGAGUGAAAGCACUGCACACCGCUUUAAAAGUGUGGAUGAAAAAAGAACUUGUAUCUGAACAUGCCUUUGAAAUUCCAGACAACGUUAGACCUGGACAUCUUGUUAAGGAACUUUCUAAAGUAAUUCGAGCAAUAGAGGAAGAAAAUGGUAAACCAGUUAAAUCUCAGGGAAUUCCUACUGUGUGUCCAGUUUCACGGCCUUCAAAUGAAGCAUCUUCACCAUAUCAUUCCCGGCGAAAGAUGAGGAAACUUCGAGAUCAUCAUGUCCGAACUCCUUCUAACCUAGACAUCCUUGAGCUCCAUACAAGGGAAGUCCUCAAAAGAUUAGAGAUGUGUCCAUGGGAGGAGGACACACUGAGCUCUAAACUGAAUGGAAAAUUCAACAAACAUCUCCAGCCAUCUUCCACGGUACCUGAUUGGAGAGCAAAAGAUAAUGAUCUACGAUUACUGCUGACAAAUGGAAGAAUAAUUAAGGAUGAGAGGCAGCUGUUUGCAGAUCGGAGUCUUUAUACAGCAGAUAGUGAAAAUGAAGAGGACAAGAAACCAAUAAAGAAGGCAGACAUAAAGACAGAAGAGAGCUCAGGAAGAGAGGGGACAGAAAGUGAAGGAUUUCCAAAACCACUUAACAGAAUUUUUACAAGUGUGAAAUCAGAACUCAGGAAUAGAACAUCAGAAUAUUCUGAUGUUUCUGAUUCAGAAGACUCUGGACCUGAUUGCACUGCACUGAAAAUUAAUUUUGCCACUGAAGAUUCUGAAAGUUCAGGUGAUGAAAAGAAACAUGAAGUAACAUCAAACUUUGAGGAGGAAUCUGAUGUAGUGAGGAACCUCCUUCAAAAGGGCCAGAAGCCAUCUAGAAAUGAAAUUCCAGUUAAAAGGGAAUGUCCUACCUCGACGAGCACAGAGGAAGAAGCUAUUCAGGGCAUGCUGUCUAUGGCAGGGUUGCACUAUUCCACGUGUUUACAAAGGCAGACACAAAGCACAGACUGCAGUGGUGAGAAGAACUCUCUCCAGGAUCCCAGCAGCUGCCACAGCAGUAACCCUGAGCUUAGGCAGUUGUAUCGUUGUGACAAACAAGUGGAAUUUGGAUACCACGACAGAGCUGCAGAUCCAGAUUUGAGGACAUCAUCCUGGGCUAAACAGUUUGAUAGAACGUCCCGAUUUAAUGCUCAGGGUUUAAGUAGAAGCCAGAAAUCCAUCAAAAAGGAAAGUUCUUCAGAAAUCAGUCAGAAGGCACAAAGCAGGCAUUGUGUGGACAGCAGUAACUCAAGUAUUCAAAAUGGAAAGUACAUGCUGAGUCCCAGCUUGGUUUCAGGGCCAUGCCAGAUAAGUAACGGCAGUCUAAGCCCAGAGAGGCCUAUUGGUGACACAUCUUUUUCAGUGCCCCUUCACCCCACCAAGAGACCUGCAUCAAACCCGCCACCUGUCAGCAACCAGGCAACAAAAGGUAAACGUCCAAAAAAAGGAAUGGCAACAGCCAAACAACGACUUGGGAAGAUCCUUAAGUUGAACAGAAAUGGCCAUGCACGUUUCUUUGUGUGACAGAGCUGCUAUUUCAGUCACUCUUUCCUUUGGAGGCCAGUCUUGGGGUGUGGAAACUUGGAGUUUCCACUGUCCCCUGCCUGGAGCAGUUUGUGUGUACAGUAAGAAUACUGCCCGAAGAACAGAACGAACCUGAUGCUGCAUUUUCACUGUGCCACGCCCACUCAGCAAUAACCCUUUGGACCUGGUGGGGGAGAGGAAGAAGGAGGGUAGAACCUUAAAAAGAGACCUUGAACUGGAAAGGGAGGGGUCUCUUGUCAGGGCUUGAAUUUAAUUUUGUUGUUGGUAGUGUCUUGAUUUAUUUUCAGUAGUAGGAUAAAGAAUUAUCAAUAAUUUAUUUAACAGAUUUUUUUUAAAGUUAACAGCUUUUAAAUUCUUUCUUUUUUAAAGCUAUUUAUUUGGAAGAUUUCUGGAGAAAUAUCUCACUAAUUUAGAUUUAAGAAUGUGAAGGUUUUUAAAUUAUUUUUGAUAGUGUAUGUGUUACAUGUGGGGAAGAGCCACAGUAACAGUAGCUAGUCUGGACUCUUAAAUUUGAUAUUCAGGUUAAAGUCUUAAACAGGGAUUUGAUGCAUUAAUUAUUUUAAAUUAAGAUGUAUAUGAAAUCAUUUUAUUUUAUAUAUUUCAUGUGUUUUUUAUAAGCUAUUAGCUUCGCUUUUGCUAACAUCCAAGGUGCAUACUGUUAUCCAGGUUGAUUCCCUUACACCCCACCUUUCCACUGCAACCCCCCCCACACCCCCCAACAUAUUGAGAUGACCCAAGACUCUUCUCUUUGCAGGGAAACACCUUUAUAGCCAAUGUUUAAGAACCACAUAAAAGAGUCCUCGUUUCUCAUUUCUUUUGACAUUGUGGUUUUCUUGUACAUGUAAAGAAACAGGCUUAUUUUGUUUUCAUUUCCCCUGAUGAUAUCUAGGUCCCAAAGAGAACAGCUUUAAUAUCCUUUUCCUACUAAUGGGGAAAGUGUAGGUUUGGUUAAAAUGUCAUGUUUGUAGUUUUUUCAAAAACCUUUAUAAUUACAGAGGGCCUUCUUCAUACUGCUGGUGUUGGAAGAGCCAACAUCUACCACAGGUUAUAUCUUACCAUGCUUUUAUUACCUAGACAUAACUUUUUUAGAAAUACAGUUUGAUUUAGGAUGUUCAAAUCUGCAUAAAAGCCGUAAUACAAUAGGACUAUACUAUAUUAAGUUGUAUAGAAACAAGCAUGUUGGAAUAGAUCUGUGUGUGUGGGUGUAUGUGUGUGUGUGCUUAAUUUUUGAAGAAUUAUCUCAGUAGAUAUUUGGAGUAAAUGGGUGCUUUUUGCAGUUCUUUCCAUUUGUCUUGGCUACUAGCAUAUGGAGGUUGAGUGUCUGGUUGAGCUUUAGCUAAGAUAAUCAUUUAUAGCUUUUAUGUACAACUUUUACUAAAUCCAAAUUUUCAGUUGCUUGUAUUAGUUUUUAGUCUCUUUUAGUCUCCCUAUUUCCCCCUCAUGGCAUUAAAAUAAAUUGAUACUUGGGGGGCCUGGUGGUGUCAUAUUUCAUAAAUUCCUACAAAGACAGUAUAGGUAAAUAACAUGAAAUUUAUUUUUCUGGAGAAAUAUUGCUGCGUAAUGGAUUUUUUUCUUUCUCAGUCAGUAAGGUAGCUGGACUUUUCCUUCUGCACUAAGCAUUAAGUUGUAAGAAAAGAAUUAUGUACCUUUCAUAGUUUCAUUCAAAACAUGUAUUUCCAAAGAGGGAUAUUUCUUAUUCUGUGUCUUUUACAAUAUUUCAAGGGAUAAGGAAGUUACGAGUUCACCUUUUUGGUCCAGAUUGUCUGGAUCAAAGUUUCACUUCAUUUUGGGUGUCAGGAAGGAGUUUUAUGGAACUCUUAGUAUCUGUAAAGGCCUCUCUAGCCCGUGCCUGCCCUGUGCCGUGUCCAGUAGGAGAGGAACUCAGUCCAGGCACUGUUUGUGUCUCAAGAUGCAAAAUUCCGGAUUGACUGGCCCCUCCCCUUCCCACAAUAUUAUCACUGUGAUGUCUUUGUUUUCUGUUUUGUUAGAACACACAUUUUUAUUUUGGGUUAAGAAAUAAGCAGAUGAUUUCUUUCUUCAGUUAUAAUGAUUUGGAUUUCUUUAAAACAACUUUUAAGUAUUUUAGCUACUUACUUUUGGUCAUAAAAAUUAAAACAAUUUAUUUUUAUGAAUUAAAAUUGUGGCCAGUAUCCACCCUGUGUCUUUAGGCUGAUAAAACACUAAUUUUGAGUUGCCAAUAUUUGGAAUUUUUAAGUAACAAUACUAUGGAUUCAUUUUCGAUCAUUUUAACCCACAACUGACUAAAUUACAAAACUUUCAGCAAGUUAAUAUAGCCACUAACAAGGAAUCCAUGUAUCUUUUCUGAGUUGAUAAAAAUUCAGCCAGACAGCCAGUGACUUUUCUAGUCAGACCUCUUACAUAGUUCCCCAACUGUGAUAUGUCCUUUUAUCUCAGAGAAAUGACUGGACUUAGAGGUGUGACUACUGUCAGGAUCUGGGCUCAACAGUUCUAGGUAGUCUCACUUAUAAGCAGUAUACCACAGCUAAAGUAAGAAGGCAGCAGUGAUAGCACUUAGUUAUAAGCAAAUGAAAUGUGUAAAAUUGAGAACUAAUGAUUUAACAUGCAGCUUUAAUAGCAGUAGUUAUCCUGUUGUAAUUCAACUAAGUGAUCCUUAACCUGGAAUCUACUGUACUGUAAUUCACAACAUUAUAUAAUAUCAUGCUCUCCAAUAUUGGUGAAUAGUUAACAAUACAAAACUGACAGCUUAGUAGUUCAUGAUCUUUGGAAUACAUUGAAAUUCACAAAUACAGUGUAUCUUUGAAGCACACAAAAUUGAACCAUCUACUGAAACCACAAACAAGUCCACCUAUAUCACUAGUUAAAUACUUAGUUUAAUACUUAGAUACUAGUUGAAUAUUAUUCUGUGUUUUACUAAUCCUAAUUAAUUCCUGUUCAAUGUAUUUUACUGUAUUUAUUCCUAUGAGAACAGCAGGUAUUUAUCAGACAUCUACAGUGUGGCCAGAACUAGUUAGUAUUGCAGAGGAGUCUCAGUUUUAGUUUUGUCUGUCUGUGAAGGUGUGUCUUCUCCAGGGUGUUAGCAGUAUUGUUUUCACUUCAAGCACACUUGAGCAGAAGGUGAACCAUUUGUAAAGAGAACAGAAUCAACUGAGACGUACCACUGUAGAAGUGGAAGUGUUAAAGAAAAAAAAAAAAGACCCCUCUUCUUUAACAUUUAAGAAAAAUCCCACAAGUUAGUAAUUUUGUUGGUAAUACAAGGGUGUGGUGGUGUGAUGAGGCUUGGAAGAAAGCAGAGGACCUGCAUUUUGGUCCAUGUUGUGCCAUUUGUGUCAGCUGAGCAACCCCGAGUCAGUAAACUAUUCUGAGUUUUAUUUCUAAGCCCUUGUUUUCUUAUUUUUAAGUUUUGAUAAAAAGUACUUAAUGAUACUCAGUGAAGACCAGCAUUCUUCAGCUAUUAUGUCAGUUAAUUAUUAAGUUACAACUGAUAAGAGUACACCUUUAGAGAAAUCUAUAAAUGAAAACUGCUUCUAUUUAUCUCUUGUAUGCCCAGAGCAUGCUAUGUAAAACCUGAAAAAUUCCUAACAAGGUGCUGAAUUAGAAUCAGAUUUUAUUCUUGAAGUGAAAGAAAAAGAAAUGAGCUGGUUUGUGAGCAGAAGAGUAAGAGCUUUUAUCUAGUUAGUGAUGAUUAUUUACACAGCAGAAAAGCUAGCUGUAGGUUUUCUCUCAAAGACAAAUUAGUACUGUUCUCCAGAUUUGGCAUACUCUUCAGGUAUAAAAGUUAAAUGGGUGAUGAAUUUAAAAUGACUUAGCAGCUACCCAUGGAACUAGGGGGGAAAUAAGAUGACUAGGAAAAAGAACUUGGCAAAGACAGCCCAGGGCUAGGUACUAAUAGCUAGGGAGAGAAAAGUCAUGGGGUUAGUAUAGGAAGGUAACACAGCCUAAUGUGCUCAACAAAACCAGUGUUGGCUUGCUUCAGAGGAUGCUCUGCAGUGGUGAGGCAGUCCCUGAGAGCCGGGAAACCAUCGCAUGGCCUAGGGUAUUGCUGCUAGAAAGAAAAUAGCAAAUGUGAAUUUCUAGUUUUCACAUAGAGAAAUAAGAAACUUCAUAAUGCAAAUCUAAAAUUUCUCUCAAAAAUUCAUCUUUCCCAUUAUAUAUUAAACUAAUUUCUCUCUGUAUAAGAGAGAAGGUCUUGCCUUUGAUAUGUGUAAGGCCCUGGGUUUUAUUCCUAGUACCACAAAGAGAGCAAAGAGGACCUAAGGCUUUCAGACUGUUAAUGGUACCCUAGACUUCUAUCUAAUACAAUCUCAAAAAAUUAAGCAUCAUAUCUUUUAUCUAGGGAAAGCUAGUCAAUAACAGUGAUCAAUGUAACUGAGAUAGAGAGAUUUGCCUAGGGACACACAGUGGCUUUGGGAUUUCUGAUACUUUGUUUCCUUACACAGACCCUGUUCUCUGACACUGCAAUCUCUGCUUGCUUUGUGGAUGCUGUCUGUGUAUGUUCUUGAAGCUAGACAGAAACAAGAAUUAGGAUACUCCCUAAACUGCUGUUGAGCAUAAUUAAACCUCAGUAUAAACAUUUUUAAAAGAUUUUUAAUAAGUGAAUGUCUAUUUCCAAAGCAGCUGGCAUGUCAUCACUACCAUAGUUUUAGUCUUCUGUAGUAAGUCUCCCCGUUUUUUACUGGGAAGAAGUAAAUAACACUCACUGGAGACGCCCUUAGGUUCCCGCGUCACCCUUGGUACACUUUUAGUUUCUUAAGGCUUUGUCUUAACUGUGACAUUACACUUUUUGUUUAAAAUCUUUUAAAGGAUGUAUCCAAUGAUUCUUCCAACAAAUUUACCUGUUCUGCACUAUUCAUUAAUGAAACCCUGGCUACCACGUAGCCCUUGACCUCCAAGUAGUUUACCUAUGCAAGACCUGUGAUACUCUAGAUUCACUUUUCUUCAUUACAGAAAGCAGUCAUAAAUGCAACUUAAUCAUAAAAAGUUUGUCUUCAAUGGGUUUUUUUGUUCUUUUCAAAAUAAUCAGCUAUUUUCCCUCCUAUUUUUUUACCAAAACAAUUAUCAUAAGUGCUAGAAUAUAUACUAUUUUGCAGGAAUAAAAUAAUCAAGACAUAUGCUUACAUUUCUUUGGUGGAUUUUGUUUGGUAAGAAAUGCCAGCAUUAACUGUAGAGUUGAUUCCUUGCCUAGAAUAUUUUUUCCUCCUAAGAUUCGUAAUUAACAUUUUAUUUUCACAAAGCAUGCAUAUAACUUACACAAUAUAGUCAGGGACCUGAGGUGUAACUUGCUAAGUGAACCCCAAGGUUAUUUUAUCGUGCAAAAGAAACCUAAACCAAACUAAGGGCCUUACAGUUUAUGGUUAGACUGAAUCAAAUGCUGUAACCUCAGUUUUUCCAAAAACAGCUCUUGACUGCACAGGCGAGUCAUGCAGUUGUGAAGUAUGAAAUAGCACUGACAGGAAAUGCAUGUGUGUCUUUGCAGACUGUAUUUCCUUUGGGAAAGACUUUUCUACUUUUAAUAUAAUUAAGCCAUAACAGUUUCAUGCUGUGGAAAGGAUGAAAAGGUUCAUUUUAAGAGAUUAUAUAGUAUGGACUUUCACAUUUAUUGUGAAACAUCUAACUUUGCCAGUGUUUCAGCAAGUUUUCUUUUGGGGUGUUGGAGGGUGGUAAUGGGGAAGGGGUAAGUAUUGGUUUUAGGGGUUUUAACUCUGUGAAAUUUGAAAACAGGACAGUUGUUGGCUAUGGUACUUACUAGUUUUGUAGUAAUGUUUUGCUAGCCUGACUUUCCUUACUGGUUUUUAUGUCCAUGGUCCCUGGUGACUGUUACUCUAAUUGUUUGGGGUGUGUGCAGAGUAGUGUCUCAUCUGUGUGUAGGCAGUCAGUGUGUGUGCACAUGUGUCCUUUUGACUACAGAAACACACUGUGUGACAAUGGAAUGGGGUGUGGCUGGGAAGUGGGAUGCUGAAGCUUUAAGAGCAUUUGUUUUUAUUCAGAACAGUAUUUCCCAUCUUUUGCCUGCAGGCAGGGAAAGUGUACAGUAUUUAUUUUGUUCCUGUUUUACUCUGAAUUUGUAAGUCUUUAAGUAGCUUAUAUUAUUAUUAUAGGGGAAGACAAGUGACUUGCUUAAAGUUGUAUUUAGAAUUCUUACUUCCUAAUUUCUGUAUUUUUAAAUAUUGAAAUUAAAAUUGUAUUACUUCUGUUUUGAUUUUUUUA